CGAUACUGUUUACAUUCACAUGUUGCUGCUCCCAAGUCUGUUUUGCACUUUCUAAUUUGAUUCAAUUAACCUUUUGAAUGUUAAGGAUUCAAGAUGCCACGAUUUAAAUAUCGAGCCUUUAAGCUGAUACGAAUGAGGGUACAAGGUUGUACUAAUAGACCAUUUUAUGAAAUUGUUGUAACCCCUAAAGACAAUCCAAGACAAGGAAGACCAACAGAAGUUUUAGGCUUCUAUGAGCCUUUACCCAAUCUGAAUAAUGAAAAAAUACUAGCUGUUAAUUUAAAAAGAGUACGAUAUUGGAUGGGUGAAGGUGCUCUACUUUCCCAACCACUUGAAAGACUAUUGGGUUUAUCUGGAUUCUUGCCAGUUCAUCCAAUAGAUUAUUUAGAUGCCUUUAGAAAUAGAAAAAAAUUGGAAAAUGUAACUGAGAAAGGUGAAGAUAAUGUGCAAUCAGCCAGUUGAAUAAUAAAAUCAAUUAUUGACAUUGAUGGCAUAGAACUUGCUUGUGGUUUACUAUAGUAGAAACGUUUUGUAAGUUCUAUUCAGUGUACGAUAUUGAUGAAAAUGGCAAUUGAAAGAGGACAUUUAUGUAAUAUGUAAGUCAUAAGAAUUACAGAUAAAAUAAAGAUAUAAAAUAUAAUAAUGUUAUGUAUUUGCAUUAUCAUUUAUUAAAGCUAACAAAAAG